AUGUCCAAGCCACAACCGCGUCAAUCAAAGAAUGCAGGCAAACUCGCCGUCCAAGACGUGCUGCGGAAGACGCUUCUCAUGGACAAACUGAAGGCGCAGAUGUCUCAGUGGAAUGACACCAUCUUCAAAGAAGACGCGGAUCCUCUUUACGUCCACUUUGCCGAGCAAGAGUACGCUAAAGCACAUGAGAAGCUGAGCAAGUUGGCGGAAUCAGUGCGCAAGCAGAAGGCAACGAUGGGAGUGGAAGACAAGGCCGAUCUGUCUAAGAUGGUGCAGAGCAAGUACAUCAAGAGAAAGUUUGAGCUUGAUCGAGUCGAGCACGCGAAACUGACAAGUCACAUCGAGGACGCAGUCAAACGCCGCGACCGAAGUAUCAAAGAUCUGUGCAAACUCUACAACAACUUGUGCGAACAACUGCAGGAGCUCAUCGAUCUCCACCGUGCCCCACGGAACGCGGUGGCACCUGGACCAAUCAAUGAGAAGGACAUCUGGGGGCUGGAUGUUGAUGCUGAUGUCUGGCUGGACAUUGGUUUGACGGACAUCAACGAGGAGGUUGACCCGCCGUUGUGGAUGAGCAGCGAUUCUGUCCGCAAGGGCAUUCAGGCUCUACUCGAACGGGACCGAUGUGACGAGGAAGAGCCACGUCUACAUCACGAGUGUCGGGCGCUGCGCUGGUGGAUGGCAGAGGAGUGGGACGUUGUUGGGCGGGCCCUGCAACUGGCAGGCAAGGCUAAUGAAGAGGCAGUUGUCUUCCAGCUCAAGCUUUGCCAGUCAGAAUUGACGAAACUGACCGCAGCAUGGAAGAAGCCGCUGCGACAAAUCCCGUACCCAACCGAGGGCCUCCCCCCUUGGGGUCCUUCAGACAGGGAUGUACUACAGAUUCGCAUCGAAGAUGUAUCUGCCCGUACGAGAGAUGGUGCCCCAAGCUGGGUGAACAACGAGUGGAAGGAUACCAAUGGGGAUGAGGACUCCGGUAGUGAGACUGAGUCCAACGGCGAGUCUCUGCCUUACGAUGAGCUGGAGGCCUUCGAGCGUGGCGGCAUCGUCUGGGAUGGGGAACUACUAUCAUAG